AUGCUUUCUUUGCAAAGGCCAUUAGCGAAAUGGCUUUUGUCGCCGAAAACAUUCUUUAAAAACCGGCAAUAUCGCUAUAAUUCUAAUUUAUCGAUUUCAAAAGAAGUGUCUUCAGCUUUGAAAAAUGGCUUACCAGUAGUUGCAUUAGAGUCCACAAUCAUCACUCAUGGCAUGCCGUAUAGAAAGAAUUUCGAAAUGGCCCUACAUGUUGAAAAUGUUGUCCGUGAAGCAGGUGCAGUACCAGCUACAAUCGCAAUCCUUAAUGGGAAAUGUCAUGUCGGACUGGACGAAGCAGAGCUGGAAACAUUGGCUCAAAAUGGUCACAGUUGUUCCAAGGUUUCCAGAAGGGAUCUCGCUUACUCCAUGUCUCAGAAGUUGAACGGAGGAACUACUGUAGCCUCAACCAUGAUUUUGGCUGAGCGUGCAGGUAUUGAUGUAUUCGCAACAGGCGGUAUUGGAGGCGUUCAUCGGGGUGCAGAAUCAUCAAUGGACGUAUCUGCAGAUUUAAUUGAACUUGGUAAAACACGUGUGGCAGUUGUUUGCGCCGGUGCCAAGAGUAUAUUGGAUAUUGGCAGAACAUUAGAAGUCUUAGAGACUCAAGGUGUCCCUGUCAUAACCCUCGGCAAGAAGAACACGCCUUUCCCAGCUUUUUAUGCCAACAAUUCUCCCUACAAAAGCCCGAUGACAUUACCAAGUGAAAAUGAUAUAGCUGAUUUGCUAUUCAAAGGCAUGAGCUUAGGCUUACGGAACGGCACUCUUAUUGCAGUGCCUACGCCUUCCCACCUCGCUCAGGACUAUAAUGAGAUUGAGAAAGUAAUACAACUUGCCAUCAAUGAAUGCGAAGCAUUGGGAAUUAGCGGUAAAGAUGUUACUCCCUGGAUGUUGCAAAAAGUUCUUGAUCUGACGAAGGGGAAAAGUCUCGAAACAAACAUUGGACUUGUUUAUAACAACGCUAGAGUUGCUGCAAACAUUGCAGUAUCAUUAGCAAACCUUAAACAGGAAGCUCAUUCUUUCCCUGCUGCUAUGCGAAUCCCAAUCGUCAAGUUGAGUGAGAAAGGCACUAAGAAGCAACAAAAGUCACCUGAACCACAAAAUUCAAAUGAGAUUGUUUGUUUAGGAAGCGUGUCUCUUGACACUAAUGCAACGUUACUUAGUGUUUCAAAAGACGAUUUAGUUUUGGGUACUUCUCAUCCAAGUUCAACAACGGAAGCAAUAGGAGGUGUGGCUCACAACAUUGCCAGAGCUGCUUCGCUAGUAGAUGCAAAUGUUAAACUUGUCUCUUGCAUCGGAGAUGAUGUUCAGGGACAUCAGAUCGCUAACCUGCUCAAUUCCGAGAAUUUGCAAUUCAAACUCGUACAAAAACAGAACAGCAAGUCUUGUUGCUACACAGCUAUUAAUGAUCGCGAAGGCAGUCUUAUACUCGCAGCAGCAGACAUGCGAAUUAUUGAAGAUAUGACAUAUUCAGAUAUUCAUGAUGACAUUCAAGCUGCAAAAAUAAUCUGCAUGGACGGAAAUAUUUCUGAGAGUUUGAUUUCUGACGUCGUUAAGAAUAAGAAGGAAAAUCAACUGUUAUGUUAUGAGCCUACAAGUGUGCCAAAGUCACUUAAGAUCUUACCAUCUCUUCAAAGCGGAAACAUAGAUAUAAUUACACCUAACCUUCUUGAACUUGAUGCCAUCUACUCAGCUGUAGAGAAAACGAGCUUGUUUGACACGGACUCCUGGUGGAGUCGUUUGAACAUGUUUGGUAUUACUAGUGACUUUUCCGAAAAGCUUAGCAACUAUGUCACGAAAUUGGGUCUUCCUAAUCUUACAAAUCAUGGCACUAUCCAAAAGUGUAUUAAACUUCUUCCUUUCUUGCCGACCAUUUUAUUAAAGUUGGGGUCAUCCGGUAUUCUUCUUUUUUCUAGAAGUGCAUUUAUGGAUUUGUACCGGUCUCCUAACUCUCUUGUUACCCCCGGAAAUGUUGUGAUUAAGUAUUAUCCUACACCCAAGCUUAUUACCGAUGCGGUGAAUAGCAGUGGUACAGGUGAUACAUUUGUUGGAGUUUGCCUAUCUUUACUAAUGAAGAAUGUCCGUGUGGAUAAAGCAAUUCAAACAGCUCAGGAAGCUGCUGGACUUUCACUUAUGAGUCAUUCCUGCGUCAAUCCAGAGAUCGCAAGUCUUACUUAUGAAUAG